ACUAAAUUGUGGCUGUAGAGCAAUCAAAGCGAGCGAGCCCGCCCGCGAGCCCGCCGUUGGUGCCUUCGCUGCUCUUCUCCUCUCUUCUCUUGGUCCUGGUGCUCACUCGCUCGUUUCUUUUUCUUUCCGCAGUCCAGUGUUCGGGCGUAGCGAGGCGGGGCGGGGUUGUAUCGUGGGCGUUGUCUGGCUUGGCUUGGGUCAUGCCAGGUUUCCCGUCGAGCUGUUAGUGUCAUUUCCCCCCCGCAGCGCUUGCCUUUCGUUGCUCUCAGAUUUUUAUCGGGAGCGAUCUGCAGGUUGCGGACGGAUUGUGGAGAGGUUGUGAGGGAGGAAGAUCGGAGGUGUGGUUUUGAUGGAGGAAAGAGGCGAAGAACGGAGGGUUGAAGAGAGGGUGAGGCAAGUAGAGAUGAAUGGAAGGAGACAUUGAUGAUCGGUUCUUGCGUGUGAGUGGGCGGAAGGGAGUGGAUCCCUGACUGAAGAGGUGGGGUAGCGCAUCAUGUCAGACCUCGAUAGGCAGAUUGAGCAGCUGAAACGAUGCGAGCCGCUGAAGGAGUCAGAGGUGAAGGCGCUUUGUAUGAAGGCAAUAGAAAUUCUGGUGGAGGAGAGCAAUGUGCAAAGAGUGGAUGCUCCCGUCACUAUAUGUGGAGAUAUCCAUGGGCAGUUUUAUGAUUUGAAAGAGCUAUUCAAAGUCGGAGGAGAUUGUCCACAAACAAACUAUCUCUUUUUGGGUGAUUUUGUCGAUCGAGGUUUCUACUCCGUGGAAACUUUUCUAUUGCUGCUGGCCUUGAAGGUCCGGUACCCAGACCGAAUCACUCUCAUUCGAGGGAAUCAUGAAAGCCGCCAGAUCACUCAGGUAUAUGGAUUUUAUGACGAAUGCUUGCGGAAAUACGGAUCCGUCAACGUUUGGAGAUACUGUACAGAUAUUUUUGACUACUUAAGUCUAUCAGCUCUCAUUGAGAACCGAAUAUUUAGUGUUCACGGUGGUCUUUCUCCAUCAAUAACGACUUUGGAUCAGAUUAGAACAGUGGACCGAAAGCAAGAAGUACCCCAUGAUGGAGCUAUGUGUGAUCUGCUAUGGUCUGACCCUGAAGAGAUUGAAGGCUGGGGCCUGAGCCCAAGAGGAGCUGGGUACCUUUUCGGAGGAAAUGUAGUCACUACUUUCAACCACACCAACAAGCUAGAUUUGAUAUGUCGUGCACAUCAGUUGGUUAUGGAAGGCUAUAAGUGGAUGUUUAACCAGCAGGUGGUGACAGUUUGGUCCGCGCCGAAUUAUUGCUACAGAUGCGGCAAUGUUGCUGCAAUUUUGGAGCUGGACGAGCAUUUGGGAAAAAAAUUCACGGUCUUUGAAGCUGCUCCCCAGGAAUCAAGGGGUGUUCCUUCAAAAAAGCCAGCACCGGAGUAUUUUCUCUAAAGUUUUGGAGUUUGAUAGUCUACCUGAGUCAAGCGGUUUCGGGAGGAUACCUCCAUCUAAUGCAAUUAUUUCUCUACGUGUGGGAGUGAUGAAAAUUACCCAGCAUAUUAAUGUGGUGUAAAAGCUUAUAAGUGACAGGGCCGUCAUUAUACUGCUCAUCGUUGUACCGUUGCCCCAGCUAACGCCUGUUCAUAACUCCGGUACGCAGAGACUGUGCUUCUAUGAAAGAGACAGGCCCUCCAACAUCUAGUAUGUCAGCAUGGAGCAGAAUUGUGUUACUAUGAUCUAUGCGUUGGGUGUAUAAUAGUUCUCGUGAGUUUGUGGAAUUUGGGCGAAAUUGUCCCGUUUGUAUCUAUUCUUUCAAUCCUUCAGGGAAACCUUUUCAAGCUUGGAAGAGCUACAAACUGAGACAUCUGUCACACUGUUUCAAUCUGGAAGGAAGUUUAUCACUAAAUUCAUCUGGAUUUAGACCGGAGUGAAAGAAUACAGCACGUGGUGGAAACUUUUUGUCAUUGAGUAUGCAUGGUUUCCUUCCAAAUGACACGAGUAGUACGACUUCGCUUCAAUUGUGGGUCUUUGGUACUAAGUCAAUCCAGUCAAAUUUGAAUUCACAACCUUGCAUUGACGAGUUGAUGCAGACACUGGGCUUAAGCGUCGCCGUGGAUGAGAUAUGUUGUUUUUUAAUAAUGAAUGGAACGAGCUUCCG